AAAUUUUUUUAUUGAAGGUACCUAAACCCUCAAUUCAAUUGUAGUAACAUCUUUCUCCAUCCUUCAGUCGGUAGCGUGAUUUAGAGGCAAAGGUUUCUUUCAUGAGAUCUAUUGUUCAAAUCUAUUAUUCAAAUUAACGUUUGAAUUGUAAUAUAGUAGAAAUGACGAUGUCAACGUUGCAUAAAAACGCAAUAAUAACAGGUAGUUUUGAUUCAUACUGCCUCCUUUGUGAAGUUCAUUUAAAGGACAACGCGGAAGAUCAUAUCCACGUGCCUGAGCAUAAAGAAAAUUUACAGAAUUCCAACUAUGUACAGAAGUAUAAAUUUCAUCAUAUACGUAAAGUAUUGAAAGGAUACUAUUGCGAAUUCUGUAAUAUUCUCCUACCGACCUUAGUUAACAUAGGUCUUCAUGUUACAUCCAAAAACCACGAACGUAAAGUAGGAAUUGGACUUUUGAAAGAAGUAGAUGGAGGCGUCACUGCUUUUGACCGGAUGUUUAUAGACAAUCAGGCAUGGAAUGGUCUUAUCGAAGACACAAUUUGUUGCCUCUGCAGUGAAGAAUUUAAUGAUAAAUCUGUGCAUUUAAAGCAGCCUUCGCAUAUUCUUCACCUCAUUCAAAAAGAUGUACACAUGAAGGAACACGGAAUUGUAUACCGAAAUGUUGAUACCACUACCUUACAUUGUAUGGUUUGCAAUAUAAUCUUAGCAAUUAAGGACGGUGAUUUACAUUUUGAUAGUACACCACAUUUGGAUCAAUUUCGUAAAAGCUGUGAGCUCAAAAAUAAAUUAGACGAAAAUUCGAUAAAAACAAGAAUUGACAAAAUAAUAAAACAGGAGGUAAAGCCGCCUGUAAUUGAACAUUCUACAUGUGUUAAAAAUAAAGAAACCGAUGUCAAAAAGUGCACUGAUAAUAAUAAUAAUAAUAGCAAACAUAAUGACGUAAUAAAAACUGAAGAAGACAAAAAAACGAAUGCAGCCAAAACUAAACCAGAAGAAAGCAAAAUAGAAGACGGACUGCGUCACCCAUUCCAAGCUAAGGAAGAAGCAAAGUUACUUGCUAAAAAAAACAAAAUCAAAUAUAAGUUCGCCAAACAAAGUGCUUACUGCUGCGUGUGCGAUGUCACCAUAUCAUCGUCUCUGAAAAGAAUUAAAGAACACAUAGAAGAAAGUAGUCAUAAAAAAAAUCUUCUAAGAAAUGAAAUGCCAGCGAAUUGUAAGAAAGCUAAUAUUAAGAUUGUUACAGUUCCUUAUGGGAUUUUCGUAAAUUGCAUUACGGAGUAUGAAAGCGCGCUAAUAUCCGGACCAUUUGGUAAUUGGACUGUUCUAAAUGAGGAGCUUUGUAUAGAGUCUAUAAGCCACUUAUUGUUUACAGUAAAUUGUUCAUUAAUACGAUGUCAAGCAUGUAAGGAAACAGUUGACAUUUCAAAUCUACAAACACACAAAGAUAGUCACAGACAUGUGAAAGCGAUAAUGUUUAUUCCCGUGGUUAUUACACUGAAAGGUGAAUUCGUUAGAGAGAUUCAAACUGGACUGUACCACUGUGGUUUCUGCAAUCUAGUAGCUGGAGAUUGGGAAAAUUUAACAAUGCAUUUGGAAUCAGACACACAUCAUAAAAGGAAACAUCAAUGUCAUUUACAGCAUGUCCUUUUGAAACGAUUAGUUAACUAGACAGAAGAUGACCAAUUAUUGUAUUGAGCCAGUAUAUAUAUUUAUAUUUCUAUUGUUAUUUUAGAUGUUGCUCCAAAACAAAUAAAUCUACUUUGUUUUGGAAUAUAUAUUUAUUAUAUUCUUAAUCUAUUGUUGUGUUUUUCUAUUCUAAUUAAUUGUAUGCUACUAAUUUGAUUUCUUAUUACUUCUUGCACUAUAUAUAAAUAUGUUUGUUUAAAGAAUUUACAAAAAUGGUUGCAAUUAAAGUUUUAGUAUAUUUAUGUGAAUGUUAUGAUUUAUGAAUAAGUACAAUGUUGAAAAUUAUUUAUGAAUAGUGAUUCUAUUUUGUUAUAAAUUUUAUAAUAAAAAUAAGAGUAUAUUA